AUGUCUUUCCUGAGGAAUUGGUUUGGUACCACCACCACGGCCCCCGAGGUCCAGAAGGAGCAGAAGACGCCCGUUCGUGCCCUUCCUGCUUCAUGGUACACUUCCCAGGACAUGUAUGAGCUUGAGCGACGAUCGAUCUUCUCUCGCAAAUGGCUGCUCACCACGCACAAGCACCGCGUCCCCAACGCGGGCGACUGGGUCCAGUACGAUGCUGCUGGGUACAAGUUCAUCGUCUCCAAGGACGAGCAGGGAAACAUCAAGGCCUACCUUCAUGACAACGAUCUCUCCCCCGUCCAUGUACACAUCGAUCGGAAUGACUUCAUCUGGGUCAACCUUGAUUCCAAAAAGACCCCCGAGGUUGCCUGGAAGGACGACUUCGACGGUGUCGACGAGCAGCCCCGCUUCGACCAUUACGACUUCGACAACUACUACUUCGAUCACACUUGGGACAUGGAGGGCGACUUCAACUGGAAGAUUCUGGCCGACAACUACAAUGAGUGCUACCACUGCCAAGUUGCCCAUCCUGAUAUUCCGACCAUUGCCGAUUUGAACUCCUACUACGUCAAGACCAAGGACGGCCACAUUCAGCACUAUGGCGCUCAGCGUCAGGACCAGAUCGACAAGGGCUUCCGGAUAGCCACCACAUACUUCUGGCCCAACGCCUCCUGCAAUGUCUCUCCCAACUUCUUCUUCAUGCAGCGCUUCACCCCCGUCAGCCCCACAAAGUCUGUCAUGCGCUAUGAAGUCUACCGCCACAAAGAUGCCACCGACGAGGCCUUCAACCUCAUCAGCAACAUGUACAAACGUAUCAUGUCCGAGGACAAGUACCUGUGCAUCCACACCCAGAAGAACCUCAACGCCGGCGUCUUCGUCAACGGCCUUCUGCACCCGGAGAUGGAAAUGGGCCCGUUGCACUUCCAGAGCACCGUCCGCGAAGUCGUCACCGAGCACUUCAGCAAGGAACAGGCUGCCGGUCAUGAAAUCUGGCCCGCCAAGCCAGUAGUUUCGAGCACCGAUACUCUAGUCACUGGCGAAAGCGAUAUCGCGUUCCGCACGGGCAUGGACACCUAUGCGGACGCGGAUAAUUUGCAAGAGUCGCUAACUGGCAAUCUUGCACCCGCGAUUGUUGUUUAG